AUGGUCUACGCAUACACAUACGACACUUUCCCCUCCCCCGCCCAAAUCAAGCCCUACAACCGCGUCCUCAUGGCCUUCUGGCAGACGGACGGCGCGCAAGCCACACCCGCAUCCUGGGAGAGCUUUACGGACGCGCAGCGCCAGAGUAUCCUCGAAGCGUACCGCGCCGCUGGGAUCACCUUGAUGGUGUCCGUGUUUGGCGAUGCUGAUAAGGUCAUUUCGGCGAAGACUGAUCCAGUGGCUACGGCGAAGAGUAUCGCCGCUUGGGUUGGAAAGUAUGCCGUCGCCGGCGUGGAUAUCGAUCUGGAGGAUUUCACCCCGCUGCAGAAUGACCACGCCUUCUCCCUAGACUGGCUAACUAAAUUUCAUACCGAACUCGCCUCCCAGCUCCCCGGCGCCCCCAUCUCCUCCACUCCUACCGCCUGGAUGUACGGCUCGGCCUUCGGCGGACAGGACAGCGUCUACUGCAAGUUGCACGCUGCCGUCGGCGACACGAUCACCUGGUACCAGCUGCAGCUGUACAAUGGUCAAGCGGGGGCGUGGAACACGUGCGAGAACACGCUUUGGAACUCGUCUGACCCCGCCUUCCUCUCCCUCGGCCAGAUCGCUACCAUGUGCGGCAUUUCCCAGUCCCAGAUUACCGUUGGCAGGCUCUGGGAUCACGCCGACUUGGCGACGUCUAACUCGGCCGAUCAGAUUCCCACCCCAGCCGACAACGGCGCGUGUAUUGCCCAGGCUGCCGCACACGGAUAUCCCGGCACGGGUAUGAUGGUGUGGUCGGGGCACAAGGAUAAUUGGGCUGGCGCAAUUGACUACCUCUCCGGCACGCUGGCGACCAUCGAGGCCGCCCCCGCUGCCAAUUCCUCCACCUCCGUGUCCACAUCCAGCGCCGCCAGCGUUAGCAUCGACUCGAGCGUCAGCGCCCCCUCCGGCACCCAUUCCAACCACCAGUCCGGAACGGUCUCCGGCUCCGCCUCAGCAUCCAGGGCCUCGGCAUCAGGCUCAGCCCUCGCCGCAGGCGCCUCCCAGCGCCCCUCAGCUUCAAGGGCCACCAAGGUGGCCACACCCUUCGCCACGCUCUUGUUCGCGGCCGUCGCUCUUCUUGUCUGA